CCUGCCCCGCGGGCUGACUCCGGGAGCGACUCAACCUCGCGGGCUACUACUGACUCAAGCUCAAGCUACUGCGCCAUGCAAGGCCUCCGCGAGCUUGAGUCGCUCCAACAGCGACCCGUCAGCAGCGCCGACGAGCAGCCGCCAGCCAAGCGCGCGCGGCCGGGCAGCGGAAAGGCGGCGCUCGAAGCGGCAGAACUCCUCGCACGCGCUGAGCGGGAGUUGGAGGAGUCGCAGGUCGAGGUCGCCGCGGUGGACGAGAACGGGAUGAAGGCGAUGGUGCUGGCGGUCGAGCGGCGGAUCAACGACAAUAUGGCGCUGCGCAUGAAGUACCCAGACCGCCCCGAGAAAUUCAUGGACUCGGAACUCGAGCUGUUUUCGCAUCUCAAGCGGCUGCACGUGCUCGCGACGGCGCCUGAGCUCUUCCCGACGUUCGUGCGGACCAAGUGCGUCUCCUCGCUGCUCGGCUUGCUGAUGCACGAGAACUCGGACAUCUCAAUCGACGUCGUCGAUCUGCUGCACGAAAUGGCAGACGCCGAUGGCGCCGACCCAGACGACGUCAAGGCGCUGGCCGACGCGCUGGUCGAGCACGGUGCGCCGGCUGCGCUGAUGGAGCACCUGAAGCGGCUGGACGAGGCGGUGGACGAGGAGAGCCGCGCCGUGCACCAGUCGCUCGGCAUCUUCGAGGCGCUGCUCGAGGCCAGCCCGGAGCUGUCAGCGCCACUGGCACGUGACGCGGGGCUGAUGUCGUGGCUGCUUGGCCGGAUCAAGCUGCGCCCCUUCCACGCAAACAAGCUAUAUGCGACGGAGCUGCUGGCCGUGCUGCUGCAGCAGAACGCGCCCAACCAGGCCCUGUUCGGCGAAGAAGGCGGCGUGCUCGCGCUGCUCACCGCUACCUCGUACUACAAGAGGCGCGAGCCGCAGGCCCUUGAGGAGGCUGAGCUGGUCGAGAACAUGUAUGACUGCCUCUGCAGCGCGCUGCACGCGCCCGCCAACCAGACGCUCUUCCUCAAGGCGGAGGGCAUCGAGCUGAUGAUCCUCACGCUCAAGGAGCGCCGCUUCGCCGCGCAGGGCGCACUGCGCGCACUCUCGGCAAGCCUCGCGCGCAACGGCGCCAACUGCGAGCGCUUCGUCGACAUCCGAGGGUUCAAGACGCUCUUCCCCCUCGUCGGCGCCGCGCCGCCGCCGCCGCCCGCCUUUGCGAAGAGCAGCGAGGAGAAGCGCACCGCGCAGCUAGCGCACGACGAGCACUGCGCCUCGCUGCUGGUCACUCUGCUGCACCAGCUGACCGGCGAGCGGCGGCGGAGGCACAACGCCACUUCCCCCCCCGCUUCUAUUGCGCGAGCAGGGCUCACCGCCGUCGCGGAGAGGCCUAGUACCAUACCUCCAGAGUACCGAAUCCCGCUGCUGGGCAAGCUUGCGGAGGGAGACUGCGAGAAGCUGGAGCGGCUGCUGCGCCUACACUUUUCCUACACCGAGAGGGUCGAGCUGGCGGCAGAGGCGGCGCUCGCCGUCAGCGAGGUUGGCCGCGGCGGCGAGGAGGACGAGGACGAGCUGGACGACGCUCUCUACCUCGCGAGGACGGGCGCCGGCUUGCGGACGCUGCAGCUGGUCGACACGGCGCUGUGCUACGUGGCGGGGUCGCGCGCCAAGCCGCUGCUGGGGCGGCUGCUCCACGGCUUGUACGAGGGCGGCGCAUCCCUCCACAGCGUCUGGGGAAACGCCGACGAGCACCUCAAGACUUGCGACGGCGGCGACGAGCCGCUGCCGGACGCGGCUGAGCAGCGGUCGGUGAGCGAGAUGGGCGAGGCCGUGCGCGCGCUACUGUCGAGGUACAAGUCCGCCGACGACGCGGAGGGCGAGGGCGGAGACGACCGGGGCGAGGGUUCGGCCGACGCCGCGGCCAGCAGCGCCGGGCCAGAAUGAGCAAUGCCAAUGGGGGGCGGGAGAGCGCGCCCGGCGGCAGGAACGAGGAAGGCGCCUCGUCUGACGCCUGUCGUCAACGCUCAUGUGCACGGUGCUCUUUCUGCCUAUUAGUACCACGACAGUUUGUUCGGAGGAGUCUGUCUAGUGUCUGCACAAAACACAGUGAAAGUGUGUGCGCGCU